CCGCCCCUGUCUCUUUGCCUUGCCUUCCCAUCACAGACUUCCCGAUUCAUAUCCAUUUAGCCGUCUUCAAGCAUCAGUUCUUAGAUCAUAUUACCAUUUGGUAUUUGUACAACGACCAUCAAUCAAAUGCUCGCCUCUCGAGUUGCCGCUCGCACCAGCGGGCGGACACUAAGGCCAUUAGGCGUACCUCGACGAUAUCACGGCUCUGUCAACAGUAAGCUGCUCAAAGUGUCAGAAGAGGUCCGCAAUGCUGUGGCCACUGGAAGACCUGUGGUGGCCCUUGAAUCAACCAUCUAUACACACGGUUUCCCCUUUCCGGAGAGUGUCGCAUUGGCAACACUGCUGGAGUCUGUAGUACGUGCCAAUGGUGGGGUUCCUGCUACCGUCGGGAUACUCAAUGGCGAAGCCAGGGUUGGACUUGGCGCAGAAGAGCUUAUUGAGCUGGCAUCUACUGCUGAGAAAAAGAAUGCCUUGAAGGUAUCCCGGAGAGAUCUAGGAUACAUUUGUGGCCUAGGACUGGCCGGCAAAAGAUUACAUGGGGGAACAACAGUGUCCGGCACGAUGGUACUUGCUCAUUUGGCUGGUAUCAAGGUUUUCGGAACAGGAGGCUUAGGUGGCGUACAUCGAGGUGGAGAGAAUUCGAUGGAUAUCUCCGCUGAUUUAACGGAACUGGGACGGACACCGGUGGCAGUCGUCAGUUCUGGAUGUAAGAGCUUUCUGGAUAUCCCGCGUACUCUGGAAUAUCUAGAGACGGAGGGAGUUUGCGUGGGAACCUUUGCCGAUGGCCGUCAAGGAGCCGUCGACUUUCCCGCUUUCUACACUCGUGAUAGUGGCUUCAAAGGCCCGAAGACUAUUCAGAAUGAGGCUGAAGCGGCCGCGAUCAUCUAUGCGCAGUCACGUAUUCCUGUCUCGUCGGGCAUUCUUCUAGCCAAUCCUGUGCCUCUAGAACACUCGAUUGCAAAGAAUGAAAUGGAUGGUAUAAUCGAGGAGGCUAUUCGCCUUGCCGAAGUCGAGGGCUAUCAUGGAAGCGAUAAUACGCCAUUCGUACUGGCAAAGAUCAAGGAGCUCACUGGCGGGAAGAGUGUGGUAGCCAAUCGCGCCCUUGUUGAGGCCAAUGUGGAACGUGCAGCUAAGGUAGCUGUGGAACUCUCAAAACUCGAGCGAAACGACGGGUUACUGCACGAAAGACACAUGCCAGCUAUCUCCGAGACCACUAGGGCUGACCGAGCAACUGCAGAAGCAGAGCUGGACUUCGCACCGACCACUGAGCAAUUGAUCAAUCGUGUUGAUAAAGCUGACAUCAUUGUGGCUGGCUCGCUAGCGAUUGAUAUGUCCUGUGACUUUAUUCCUACAGAAGCAACACACACCACCCCCAUCUUAGAGACAUCGAAUCGCGCAGUUAUCGGACAAAGUCUCGGGGGGGUAGGCCACAACGUGGCCAUCGCUGCAAAAUAUCUUAACAGCUCUGUUCUCUUCUGCAGCAUGGUUGGGGAUGACCUAAGUGGCCGCACUGCGUUGUCUUCCCUCCGUGAUGAAAAUUUGCCGACAGCCGGCAUUCGUGUUCUUCCUGCAUCGUCAGGGGCACGUACCGCGCAGUAUGUUGCCAUAAACGACACGAAGAAAGAUCUUGUUGUGGCCAUGGCUGAUAUGGCCAUCAUGGAGAUGCCCGAGCAAACCCUGGACUUUGACGGACUUUGGGAACCGAUGAUCGCGCAAGCACAACCGCAAUGGUUGAUUGUGGACGCCAACUGGAGUGCAGAAGUGCUUGCGAAGUGGAUGACUGCAGCGAAAAAGCAUGGGUCUCAAGUAGCAUUCGAACCCGUCUCAACGGCCAAGAGUCGUCGGUUGUUCGGCCAGAGCUCCGCCGCAGUCACCCCGUCUUCGUGUAUUCCCAACAACAGCAUUAGUCUCGCGACACCCAACCAGAUGGAGCUGACGGAGAUGUACGGCGCCGCGCGGGAGAGUGGACUCUUCGAGUCGGAGGGCUGGUGGCAUGUCAUUGAUGCCAUGGGGAUGUCGGCAUCUGGUUCGCGGGAUAGGUUGGUAGCCAUGACCUCAGCGGAACUUGUGGAUCAAGGCAUUCCACAGCAAACCAUACAGCUCCUUCCGUUCAUUCCGUGCAUUAUCACCAAACUUGGUAAGCAGGGCGCUCUCCUCACACAGCUUCUUCGUCCCGGAGACGCGCGUCUUACCAAUCCUGUCACUGCACCAUAUGUCCUUUCCAGGGCCCUUACCGACCAUGCAGUGAUCGGAGGGGUGUACAUGCGACUGUUCCCGCCAGCCACGGUACUUGCGGAGGAGGAGAUUGUCAGCGUCAAUGGGGCUGGGGAUACUCUCUUGGGGGCGGUGAUAACUGGGCUGACUAAUGGUCAUGUGGUGGAAGAAGUGCUGUCCGUGGCGCAGGAGGCCAGUGUUCUAACGCUGCAGAGCCCAGGAGGUGUUAGUCGCGAAAUCAGCAAGCUUAAAUUUUCUUAA